ACUCUUUUCAGGGUGGUGACGUUCCUGCGUUUUCUGAGGAUUAUAAUCCUGGUCAGGGUCUUCAGAUUAGCCUCUCAGAAGAAAGAACUGGAGAAGGUCACCAGGAGGAUGGUGUCUGAGAACAAGCGUCGCUACCAGAAAGACGGCUUUGACCUGGAUCUCACCUAUGUCACAGAUCGUGUCAUUGCCAUGUCGUUCCCCUCCUCUGGGAAACAAGCCCUGUACAGAAACCCCAUCAGGGAGGUGGCUAGGUUCCUAGAUACCAAACAUGAAGACCACUACAGAGUAUACAACCUCUGCAGUGAGAAAGGUUACGACCCCAAGUUCUUCCACUACAGAGUAGAGAGGGUGUUUAUCGACGACCACAACGUGCCUUCUCUAGAGGACAUGCUGAAGUACACUGCAGGUGUGAGAGAGUGGAUGGCAGCUGAUCCCAAAAACAUCAUUGCCAUACACUGUAAAGGAGGAAAAGGGCGUACAGGGACUCUGGUGUGUACCUGGCUCAUUGACAGUGACCAGUUUGAGAGCGCUCAGGACAGCUUGGACUACUUUGGGGAGAGGAGAACAGACAAGAGCCGCAGCUCCAAGUUCCAGGGAGUGGAGACCCCAUCUCAGAGCAGGUACGUGGGUUACUAUGAAGUGAUGAAGACUAAGUUCAACCGACAACUUCCUCCAGAACAGAGCCUGAAGAUCAAGAGCAUCCGCAUCCACUCCAUAGCAGGUGUGGGUAAAGGGAAUGGUAGUGACUUGAAGGUGAAGAUCAUUGUCAGGAAGAAGCUGGUGUUCCUGUGUGUCUGUGCCAAACAAGAGAACUGCACGGUGUUUCCUGAUGCUGGUACCAACUCGGUGGUGAUCAGCCUGCAGGAGGGGCCUGUUGUCAACGGUGACGUUAAGGUCAUGUUUGAGUCCUCUGCUGGUCUCCCUAAAGGAUAUGAAGACUGUCCUUUCUAUUUCUGGUUUAACACCUCCUUUAUAGAGAACAACAGACUGGUCUUGUCUAGAGAAGAAUUGGACAACCCCCACAAGGCCAAGACCUGGGAUCUCUACAAGGAGGCCUUUGGAGUCACCCUGUCUUUCUCUGAACCAUGACUGCUGACCUUUUCAACCCCUGUCCAACUCUGAGCCCUUACCCCUGAUAAUAAACCUGUCUGUGUGCCAAAUAGCACUCUGUAUAGUGCACGGUCAGACCAGAGCCCCCAUGGGGCCUGUAUAUAACUAAAGUGGUGUAUAGAGAUUAGUGUACCAUUUUGAGAUUCAUUCCUUCUCUGACAUCUGACCCGUGAUAGUCCUGUCAGUCUAAAGGGCCUACACCUCCUGAACUAGCCAAAGACACUCCACUACCAGAAACGACUGGCUGUGUCCCAAUCCUCUAUCCUUUCUCCUAGAGUGUGCACUCGUUCACUUCCUUUAUCAUUUGAUAAGAGAAACGACUGGCUGUGUCCCAAUCCUCUAUCCUUUCCUCCACCAAUCCAACUUGGGGAAGCAGCGAAGGUGUGUACACCCUUUUUAUUUAGGAGAAAGGAGAUUAUUAUUGGGACCCUGGCGUCUGUCUGUUUGCACCGAGCCAUUAGACUUUACGUUUAUCAGUAGUCCUCUGUGGUCAAAUCUGUGGAUUUUUUUGUCAAUUUUUAUUUUCUACAUUUAUGUUAACAAACAAAAAGGGAUCAUUUGGAUGUGAGGAAUGUUCAAACCUUAAAGAUGAUUGUUGUGGAGACCUUGGAAGAUUUAUGGGCCAGUUUCCCGGACAUAGAUUAAGUAUAGUCCUGGACUAAACGGCUGUUUAAAUUGAAAGUGUGUUUUUGUUGUUGUCCAGGUCUAGGAUAAUCUGAAACCAGGCUUAUAAAUAUAACUGAAUAUUCUAUGCUAAUAUUAUCCUGUCAAUAUGAAGGGGUAUACUAAAGAGCAAGAUCUAUAAAUUAGCAAACUAAACGUGAAAUAUUCUGAAAUAACUUUGAAAAUAACUUUCUGAUAAACUUGAAAUGGGUCUAAUUGACUCAACAACCAAAAAACACAUUUCUGAGUUUAACCUUCUUAAAUCAGAAAAUCGAUAGAUAUUUCUUGAUGUUUCUCAGUUAGCCGGCUAACUUGUUGAUCCUGCAUUGCAGUAGAGCCCUCUGGAUAGUGAAUGGGCUGUAGGUGAGGAAGACUGGGGUUCUGUUUCACUAAAAUAUCAGUGUUCCAGCUUAAAAUAAAUAAACAAAUAUAUUUCCACGUGU